UUAACUGCGGAUCUACCUCUGUGGUCCUCUUCCGCUAAGCAUUGAGAAUGGUGAACGUCCCCAAAACCCGGCGGACCUACUGCAAAGGUAGAAAAUGCAGGAAACAUACUCUUCACAAGGUGUCACAGUACAAGGCUGGUAAAGCCUCACUAUGUGCCCAAGGUAAGAGACGUUACGACAGGAAACAAAGAGGUUAUGGUGGUCAGACCAAACCUAUCUUUCACAAAAAGGCUAAAACCACCAAGAAAAUUGUCCUUCGAAUGGAGUGUACAGAAUGCAAAUAUAGAAAACAACUGCCAAUUAAACGGUGUAAGCACUUUGAGCUUGGAGGUGACAAGAAAAAGAAGGGCCAGAUGAUUCAGUUUUAAAGUGUUUCUUAGGAAUAAAUGUGAAAGAGAA